AUGGUAUUCGGGGGUGACAAAGGAAAGAAGAUUCAAAGGCCUCAUGAUGACCCUUUAGUGAUUCAUAUGAAGGUGGCCAAUGCUAAGGUGAAGAAGAUCUUAGUAGAUAGUGGAAGCUCAGCAGAUAUCAUCACAUGGAAAUGCAUCGAGCAGAUGCGUUUUGGAAGAGGUGACCUUACACCCUUAGAGAAACCCUUAGUGGGAUUUAGGGGGCAUCAUGUGUACCCCUUAGGAACGAUCAAGCUUCCUGUUCGUUUGGGGGAAAAGAACAAGGGGAGAAGCUUGGUUCACACGUUCUUAGUUGUGGAUACCCCUCUGCCAUACAACAUGAUCCUUGGCCUACCCCUUCUCAAUAGGGUUAAGGCUGCCAUCUCAACCUAUCACUUACUCCUCCAAUUUGAGACCGAUGACGGAUCGGUGGGCAAGAUAUUUGGAGAUCAGUUUGAGGGAAGAAAAUGCUAUGUAGAUAGCUUGAAGUCACCUGAGAGCUCCGUCAAUCAGGAGGACAAGGGGGCCAAGAGGAAAGCCAUGGAAAUUGAUGAAUCUCAGCACCCAGUCACGAGCAUUUACAUGGCUGAGAAUCCAAAGCAGUACGGUAGGCCUAGGCCUAUAGAAGAAGACGAGAGCAUACCCUUAGGGGAUGACCCCGCUCGGACUGUGAGGGUAGGGAAGAACUUGGACCCCCAGCUCAAGGAAGAAAUCAUUCAAAUACUUAGAGAGUACAAAGACAUCUUCGCUUUUACAGCAGAUGAAAUGCCGGGCAUAGACCCCGAGGUAAUGACUCAUGAGAUGAACAUUAAGGAGGGAUACAAGCCCGUCAAGCAAAAACUCCGACAUGCUGGGCCGGAGAGAAACAAAGCCGCAGCCACUGAGGUUAAAAAGCUUCUCGAAGCGGAUUUGAACAAGGCAUGCCCAAAGGAUGAUUAUCCUUUGCCUAAGAUUGAUAGGUUGGUGGAUUCGACCGCUGGUCACGCCCUCCUAAGCUUCAUGGAUGCCAAUGCAGGGUAUCAUUAG